AUGUCGCAAAUGAUGUCCCAGCCAAGGCUCCAGCUUUUAACAGCAUCUGUACACGACGUUCGAUAUUUUGCCUCCCUCCUACGCGGAAUUGGGUUUUCGAACCGAGCAUCUAUGAGAUUUACAGCCGGGAGUGGGAUAACUGUCACUGUUGAGGAAGCGCGAACACUCUUAGCAACGUCAUACAUCUAUGCGGACCAUUUUGACGAGUGGGCAUUCGACGUCGAUAAUCUACAAGCUGCCCCGUCUCAGUUGUCUGCACCCGAUAUUGAUCGACACGCCACGUCUUUUGAAAUCCCUCUGAACACCUUACUUGAAUGCCUGAACAUUUUUGGAACCGCGAAUAUAUCUUCCUCAAGCAGUACAGGCUCGAAGCACAAGCAGUGGCGGCGAGCCUCAGAUGCCUCAGACGAUGAGAGGGGCAACGACGGACGUCGUCCUAAUGCCAAUCGUAUCGAUCAGCACUUCAGCGGUAACGAGAAGCGGACGAGCAUGCGUCUCACAUAUGCGGGGCCCGGACACGCCUUGACACUUGUUCUUGCGGAAGACUCAUCAGGGCCCACGACGACGUGUGAGAUAUCGACUUUCGAUUCUGAGCCGAACUUAGAGCUCCCAUUUGAUGCUGAACAGACUGCCCUCAAGAUCAUUUUCAAGUCAUCAUUCUGGCUCCGCGAUGCCCUUUCAGAGCUUGAUCCAUCUUGCGAAAAAAUAACGUUGAUUGCCAAUCCUGUAGCAGAUGUCCAGAGCGCGCAAAGAGGCGUCCUCGCUAAACCCCUCUUUCGAAUACAGGGAACGGGAGCAUUCGGCAGCACCGAGAUGGACUAUCCGAACGACAGAGAGGUGCUAGAAACAUUCGAGUGUUCGCGUAGUGUCAGCUUCAGCUAUCGAUUUGCACAUAUAUCGCGCACGCUGCGAGCUUUGCAGAACUCGACAAAGACCUCUCUUCGCCUUGAGCAGGAGGGUUUGUUGAGUUUGCAGUUCUUAGUGCCCGUGCCAAGGCCGCGGGGUGGGAUGUCUGAUUCUUUCAUCGAGUUUCGAUGCCUUGCUUUGGACGACGAUGUCGCUCAGUAA